CCACGAAGAAGAACGUAAACAGGAAGUCACACGAAGCGAAUGGUGGGUUUUGUUGACGAUAAAGUCUAUCGUUUUUAUUCUUAAUAUUUUUUGGGAUCCACAAAAAAACUCAAAAUGGGGAAGCGACAGCACCAAAAAGAUAAAAUGUACAUCACAUGUUCUGAGUACACACACUUCUAUGGAGGGAAGAAAUCAGAAAUCCCACAAGCAAACUUUAGAAGGCUUCCAUUUGACCACUGCAGCUUGUCCCUGCAGCCGUUUGAGUAUCCUGUCUGUACUGACGAGGGGGUCGUCUUUGACCUGCUGAGCAUCAUCCCGUGGAUCAAGAGGUAUGGCACUAAUCCAAUCUCUGGAGAGAAACUGGAAGUGAAGUCCCUCAUCAAACUUACGAUUGCUAAGAACACCGAUGGAAAGUAUCACUGCCCCGUUCUGUACAACGUCUUCACAAAUAACUCUCACAUCGUGACCAACAAGGUUACCGGCAAUGUGUUCUCCAAUGAGGCUGUUGAGCAACUCAACAUCAAGACCAAAAGUUUUAAAGACCUGCUGACCGACGAACCCUUCACAAGAAAGGACAUCAUAGUACUUCAGGACCCAACAAACCUGGAUAAGUUUAACGUAUCCGACUUCUUCCACGUGAAAAACAACUUGAAGUUGUUGGAUCCCGAUGAAGAAAAGGCCAAGCUGCACCCGUCCUACCACCUGAAAACCACCAACAUGGAGACCAGGGAGACCUUAGCGGAGCUGUACAAAGACUACAAGGGGGACACGCUCCUGGCUUCCACUAUGAAGGAGCCAGUGGACAAGAAGACAGACAAACUGAACGCUGCUCACUACUCUACGGGCAGAGUUUCUGCCUCCUUCACAUCAACAGCCAUGACUCCUGCAACAACACACGUAGCAGGGGACAGUGGCUAGUCACGCCCGCUCUUUUUCAACAAAGUGCAGCUCUGUGCUCCCAGCCGAGUGUAGCUGCGUCUGGGAGCCGCUCAGUUCGCCUGUGAUGUCGCUUCCUGUCAUCCCCUGAGCUGCUAGGUGGGAGAGAUGAGCUGUUAUGCAACUUAAUGUACAGCAGGUUCGGUUACCUUUUAGAAGAGGAACCUUUUGGAUUUAUUGUCCCCUUUUAUGUUUCUGCGAAAAGGUUGGCGUGCCAUUAUUUCUAUG